AUGGUAGAAACAGGAGUUGGAAAGGAUGUGUGGGAGUCUUUGAAGGAGUCUUCCAUUGGAGUGAUUGCUAAGCUUAAAGAUGUUGAGUAUACAUUCUCUGCCAAGAUUGUGCAUUACUUGCUUACACAUCAGUUGCAAACGAAGAAGAGCUAUGAGAUAUGGUCCUUGAUUGACACCCAGCCAAUUCGUCUUUCUUUGCUGGAAUUCGGUGAUAUUACGGGCCUAAAUUGUGAGCCAUUUAAGGAUGAGAACAAAUGGGAUUUAGAUCAUGAAGAGUUUUGGGGAGAACUAAAUGUCUCUACAUUGGAAGGACCGUCCUUGGAUCAGUUGGAAUUGGUCUUUUCUAAAAGUGCAGAUUGGACUUUUGAGAAGAGGAGAAUGGUAGGAUUGUUGUGUCUCUUGUCCAUUGGCAUCUACGGCCUCUCUCCGUCCAGUCAUAUCCCUUUACAUCAAGCGAAAAGAGUUCUAAAUCGAGAAGCUUUUGAGAGUUAUCCGUGGGGUCGAGUUGCAUGUAAGAGUUUGAUGGAUUCAAUUAAGAUGCUAAGUUACGGUGUGAAGAAAACAUACACACUUAGCGGAUGUGUUCACGUUCUGCUCAUAUGGGCAUAUGAGGCAAUUGCUGGUAUAGGAGAGUUGCAUGGGAAUAAAAGGGCUGGUGACGAGGUUCCUCUUCUUUCUUGGGGCGGUUCCCGUCCAAGGAUUGAGUGGUCAGACUUCUUCCGGAAAGAGAAGAAAAGUCAUGCAAAUAAGAUUCGUGUUAGGAACUUUAUUACACUGUUUGACGGAGAAACCAGUGCGAAAUGGGUUGAUGAGGAGGAGGAUGAAGACGUGAAGACCUUGCUUGAUGAUAUACAUCACAAUCGGUUAGAUGAAUCAGCUUGGGAUGUCAUCAAAGCUAAUAUUAGCCAGAAAAAAAAACGUAAAGAAGCUGUCGAACAUAGUGACGUUGACUCCAAGGAACAUGAGAAACCUACAAAAACGAAAAAGAAAGAGAAAAAACUUGAAGGAGUUACAGCGACAUCAGAUGAUCAAACCAGUCUCGUGGAUAUGAUGAAGUUGUUUACAUCAAAAGUAGACAACAUGGAAACCAAUAUUGCUAACAAGGUGUUGACUGGUUUAGAUGGAGCAAUUGAUGCCAAAGUUGAUGCGAAGGUUGAACUGAGAUUCAAUCCCAUGGAUGAGAAGAUUGCCACACUUGAGAAGGAGGUGAAAUUUCUAAGAGAACGUUUAGGAGAGUGUGACACCAAAGAAGCCGGCAGCUCCAAUGUUAACAUAGAUGAUGAUGUCACUAGUAAUUCUAUGCCAUGGAUGGUGCAUGCUAAGUCUACAUCACAUGAUGAUUUGCCUAUCCACGUUGUCGUUAAAAAUGCAAACAAACCAUGCAAGAAAAUUGAGAAGCUCACCAAGGAGCAAACAGUGGAGGAACUGCAAGCCAAAUUGAAAGGAAAACAAGUUCAAACUACUGUCACGAACCAGAAGAAGAAAAUAAAACAAGAACCUACUUCUUCAGAGACGUUUUCAAACCCGGUACAUAGACGAUUUCGUGCUGGAUUAAAUCUUAUGGUAGCUGGAAUUUGUGGCGUCAAAGAUGAUACCUCACUGCCAAAGCGCCAACCCAAAUUAUCUUCGAGUCAACUCUAUCCGUUUGUGGGAAAUUCUACUGUGAAGCGGAUCAUUACCGGUGUAUCUCUAUCCAUCGCAGCGUACGAUCCAAUGACUGAAGUGGAUGAGACUAAAGCACAUGAUUUGUUGGAUUUUAUACGGCAAGAUGAGUAA